AUGAAAACACUUGAAGCUACAGAUUACGGUUUUUUAACCUAUGAGCCCAAUAAUACUACAACUAUAAGAAUGUCAACAUCAGUACUACCAGCACCAACAGGUCGUCUAAUCAACUUAUCGACUACAGAUUUAAAUAUAGAUUUUGUAGCAGAGGAGAAUGAAACCAGCGAAGAGGAAGAUAUUGAUAAUAUUAUGAAUAGACCAAGGAAAGUGUUUAAGCCCACAAAGAAAAGUGACAAAAAAAUUAUUCCAACAAAUCAAAUACUUGUAAAUAAAUCAAAUGAAGAACCUUUAGCAGUUUUGAUGGAUGAGAAUAUUAAUCCUAAUCAUUAUGUAAGAGGAGGCAACAACAAUAAUUUUAAUUUUAAUAAUUUCAAUCCACACUCAAGACCAACAUCACCGAAUCAAUUUAGGCCAUUGUCAUAUCUUUCUAAUGGGCAUCUUUCAGCACGCGAACAAGAACUUCUUGCACGCGAAACUGGCUCUCCACUAAUUAAUCUACCAGAGAAACCUAAAGGUCCACAAACGGGUUUGAUUGGAGCAAUUGCUGCAAUAGAGGUUCGUAGAAGAUCACAAGGACAAGGAGUGUUAGCGCGUCAAGCAGAAGCUGAAAGAGAGCGAGAGCGGGAACAUAGAUUAAUGGAACAACGGCAACAAUUAUUGAUCGCUGAAAGAGAUCACAGUCUGUAUAAUCGUCCUGGUGGACCUGGUAAUGGUGGUGGUGGAAGUGAUUUUAGAUCAAGAUUUAUUUCUAAUCAACCACAUUAUGAUUUGGCACCUAUAAAUUCGCAAAGAAAUUUUUAUAAUGAAGGCGACUUUCUCGUAAUCAAAAAAUUCGACGACAUGAUUAUGAGUAAAUAA